CCCCCAUCGAGUAGAGCAAAAGUUAUCUGACUGACCUGAUCCUUAACACUGGACCCACUACACAACGACAGCACAGCAGCUGGGAUUUCACCUGCCGACAUGGCCGUUUUCCACAUGAUUUUGGGCUGGACAGCUCAAGCGCUCAUGUUUGUGUUAUUUCUCCUUUUCCUGGCGUUUCUCGGCUACUGCCUGUACCUCAAACACCUCCAUAUGAAGUACGACCACAUUCCCGGGCCGCCGAGAGACAGCUUCCUGCUCGGACAUUCACCGACGAUGUUGAAAAUCAUGAACAGUGGCGGGAUUGUGCACGACAAAUUCCUGGAAUGGACGGAGACUUACGGGCCUGUGUGCAGGAUCAAUUUUCUGCAUUAUAUUAUGAUCUUUGUGAGCUGUCCAGAAGCAACGAAGGAAAUCCUGAUGUCCUCAAAGUACCCCAAAGACUCUUUCCUCCACCAGAGACUCUUCAACCUGUUUGGUCAAAGGUUCCUCGGUAAUGGCCUGGUGACAGCAAGGGACCAUGAACUGUGGUAUAAACAGCGCAGAAUAAUGGACCCAGCGUUCAGCAGCUUGUAUUUGAGAGGACUCAUGGGCACCUUCAAUGAGAGGGCAGAGAAACUGAUGACGACCCUCUCCGAUCUGGCUGAACAGAAAAAAGAGGCCAACAUGCUCCAGCUGGUCAACUGUGUCACCCUGGAUGUGAUCGCUAAGGUUGCGUUCGGUGUGGAUUUAGACCUGCUGAACAACAGUUCAACUUUCCCCAAAGCCAUUGAGACGUGUUUGAAAGGGAUGGUGUACAACGUCAGAGACAUCUUCUUUGGGUUGAAUCCAAAGAACCGACCGUUCAUUAAUGAAGUGAGGGAGUCUUGCCGCCUGCUGCGCACAACUGGAGCAAAGUGGAUUCAGGACAGGAAGACCGCCAUGCAGAACGGGGAUGAAGUCCCCAAGGACAUCCUCACACAGAUCAUCAAAAGUGCUGGCAAAGAGGAAAGCAUGACUCAGGAGGAUGAAGAUCUCAUGUUGGACAAUUUUGUAACAUUUUUCAUUGCCGGUCAGGAGACGACAGCCAAUCAACUGGCUUUUUGCAUCAUGGAACUUGCGAGGCACCCUGACAUACUGGAGAAAGUGACGAAGGAGGUGGAUGAUGUCAUCGGGAUGAAGCAGGAGAUCAGUUAUGACGAUCUGGGUCAGCUGGUCUACCUCUCACAGGUGCUCAAAGAGACUCUGAGGAUUUACCCCACAGCUCCGGGCACAUCUCGUGAGCUCCGGCAAGACUUCGUCAUUGACAGCAUCCACGUUCCCGCAGGAGUCAUAGGCGUAUUUAGCAGCUACACGUGUGGACGAAUGGAGAAAUUCUUCAAGGACCCGCUGAAAUUUGAUCCGGACAGAUUUCACCCGGAUGCUCCAAAGCCUUAUUACUGCUACUACCCCUUUGCCCUUGGUCCACGCUCAUGCUUGGGACAGAACUUUGCUCAGAUGGAGGCUAAAGUGGUGAUGGCCAAGCUGCUCCAGAGGUUUGACCUUACCCUCGUGCCGGGACAGAGCUACGACCUCCUGGACACCGGCACGCUCCGGCCGAAGAGCGGAGUGGUGUGUUCCGUCAGAUACAGGAACCACAAGAAGUGAGAGGUUACCGCUAAAUGAAUUAAUAUAAGAAUCGCAACACAGCAAAGUGUUUGAUCCAUCCUGUCGAAAAAUAGCAUCAUAAUGAACACAUAGUGCUGCAAAUCUAGAUUAUCAGAUGUAGGAAAACAUGUUUGUUUGGCACAGACGCCAGCAAAUGUUUGUUAUCAUUCCUUCUAAUCAUAGAGGAAAUCACAAUGCAUCUCUGUGCUCCUUCUCCAGCAAAAAGUUCUUAUAUUACAUUAUUUUAGUGUUCAUCAGUAAUAUCAGCAUUGUUUUAGUGAUGAUGCAGAAUAUAUAUGAAUGAAUUUAUGAUGUCAGUUUGAGGAUGUGGGAAACAAAAUCUUCAGCACUUUAAUCUUGUUGGGACAAACUCUUCAAUAACCACUGAGCUUUGAAACCUUCUUCAUGCCUUAAACACUCUGAAUGUAACAUUUUUUAUAUAUAAAUUAAAAGAAAUCACGAAAAGAAAUGUAUCAGCUCUUUUAACACAUUAUUGCACUAAUGACUGAGCAAUUAAUUGUUCGUUUUGCACUUAAAUAAACUGAUUAUGAAUGACAAUCUGA